UGCAAAGUUUGAAAGCUCAUGUAUGAAGCAAACGAGAUAUUUACACCACAAACAUACUGUUAUUCUUUUCCCUUUACCUUUGGUUUGCGUCAAAGAGCGUUGCUGUCCUGACAGCCUCCUGGGUGUAACACAAGCCUUCCCCAGUUAGAUUUAGCGUUCAAGUCAUUUUUAAAAUAAUGUGCUCAUUUUUCCCAAAGAUGAGCUCGUCUCCUGUGUCACCGGGUCUUUAUAGGGAAUGCAAACACAUUAAAAUUAUGCAUGCCUUUAAAAUCCAUCAGCGCUCUCUCUCUGCGUUUCUCUUGGUUGCUUCAGUAAAACCUGCUGCUGCCUGCAGCUUCUACGUCUUUCGUUAACACAACUGGCAGUAUGAAAAACACCAUUUCUGCUGACAGAGUUUCAUUUACUGCGGAGCUGUUUAGCCACCGUAAGAGCUGCAAGAAGAUGUAGCUUUUAAUGGAUGUGUCAAAGUGACGCCCGGAGUUUGUUCUCUUCAUUUAUUUCAGUCGUUUAUCCAAUAUAUUGCAAGGUGCGCAUACAUUAGGAAUUCAUCAAUGAACUUUAGUUACAUAUUGACUGACAUAUUGAUUUUCCUCUCUCAUCAUCCCCUUCUUGCUUCCUCGGUCCCCUCCUUUCUUCCUCUCCUCGUCCUCGUCCUCCCUCUCUCUUUUCUUGACUAAAUAAGGGAGUUGUGAGGGGAAGGCUGAGCAGCACGCCUCCUCUGGCUUUCAGCUGCUUCAGUAAAUACUGCUGGAAGUAAUAAGAGCAGUAACCGAUGCAUUUUUAAUUCAUGCCAAAGAGUCACGUUUUGAUCGAUAGUCCUCGUCCAGCUGCAGGGCUGCAAUUUAUCACGUGUGACUAAUCAUUAAAAAUGUGAUGCUGAGGGGAAAAAAAGGGGGAAUAAGAGCGCCUUUAUGGAGCUGUGCGGGACAUUUUGAUAAAUGCUUCCACGGAGCAGCAGAGGGGCUUCAGGCCUUUGUUUGGCACUGCUGAACACAUGCAAGUUUUCCUCAGUCAGAGCCCAUCACAGGUGAACUGGUCUGCAAUCUCGUUCUAAUGGACUUCAAGGGAUUCACGAAAAGGCUGAGGAAAACGCUUUGUCUGCUGAUGCCUUCAGUGCCAUUCGGAAAAUUAACACCUCACAACAGCUAAACUGAAAUGAUGCUUCAAACAAGGUCACCACAGUUUUUAAAUCCUUGAUUAAGUAUUUAUUUCCUUUACAAAAAAACACUUAGCUCACUGAAACAUAUUUUCACCUCGUUAGUGUCCCCAACAGAUCACAAACUACUCUUGCUCCCAGUGGCUUUGACAGCAGCACACACGCUGCUGCAUUUUAAUACAAAAUGACGAAGAUUUCGUCUUUGGGACAUGAGACAACGUGGCAAGUAUUUCUGUUUCAUUUUCCCCCACAAUGACAAUAUCUAUAUCUAUAUAUGGUAUCAACAACCGUUUAUCACAAGAAAACAAGCUUGUCAGUUAAAUAAUUCAUUUGUGACAACGUAAUAAUAAUACUAAUAAUGAAUAAUAAUCAGUUUGUGUAAUUAGAUUGUACUGUUGUGUACCACGACAGUAUGUGGUUUCAUUUCCGACAUCCAACUUUGUCAUUUUUAGCCAAGUGUCUAAAUUAAUGAGACGUUACACGUUCUUAAUGUUUGGAGAAGAUUCAUAUUCAUAUUGAAUAUGAAAAAUUAAAUAUUAAAUUUUAAAUGUAAUAUUUAAAAAUAUUACAUAUAACGCUAAAACAGAAUGGAAGAGCAGCACUGGGUUUCAAUCCAUCCGCUAGAAACACAAUACCCGACGCUCCGUGAAGGCAUCAUCCCCAGCUUGACGGAAGGGGGGAACCCUUGUGACGUAGCUGAGCAGGCUGAGUGGUGAAUCCCCAUCCGACCCUCCCCGAAGCACAAUAAAGAAGCACCAGCAACGCGUUUUAAACGGCCUUUCGUUACCCACGGCAGACUCGCUGAUUCAGGAUCAGCUCAGGCAGAGAGACGCUUCACUUCGGCGCAGUGAAACGCGCUGAGCUUCAGGUGGCGAAGAGGAGGAGGUGGGAUGAGAGAGAAAUAAAGACGCACAGCUCAGCGCCAGAGCCAUGGCUCCACAGAGGUUCGUCGGAAAGCUCGCUUCACGGGAGCGGGUUGUAGUGCAGGAUGAGUGGUCCCCCGCGCUCCAGCGAGUGUGAGAGCAGGAGGAACAUCACCUGACAGGCGGCCCUCCCCUCGGGGGACACAAGCAGACACGCUCGCGCGUCUGAGGCUGGAAACUGGAGGGUAAAAAACGGCUCAGAUCCUACAGCGCGCCUCCUUUUCCAGAACUCUCCUCUUCCUCACUUUCUCGUGGAAAGAGAUUUCACUUUCUCUGCGGCCAAACUUGGGAAAACUUUGGCCCCCAGAUUCCCGCCGCUGAGCCUGGCGCUGUAGCGUCCAUGCCGGGAGCGCCGUGAGCGUCGUGAGCCCGGCUGCAGAGAUUGGAGAACUGCGCUCUCGCUGUGAUAUUAUUCAAAGUCCCGCAAAGUCUUUCGCAGCCCAGGGGCCACCGCAGCGAAGAUGCCAGUCCGGAGGGGCCAUGUGGCUCCGCAGAACACCUUCCUGGAUACCAUCAUCAGGAAAUUUGACAGUCAAAGUCGCAAGUUUAUCAUAGCCAACGCCAGAGUGGAGAACUGCGCCAUCAUUUUCUGUAACGAUGGCUUCUGCCACAUGUGUGGUUACUCAAGGGCUGAGAUCAUGCAGAAGCCAUGCGCGUGUAACUUCCUGUAUGGACCUGACACCAAGCGACUGGCUAUCGCCCAGAUGGCGCAGGCCCUCCUGGGGUCAGAGGAGAGGAAAGUGGAGAUCAACCUUUACCGAAAAGACGGCCAGUGCAUCCUGUGUAUGGUGGAUGUGGUGCCAGUGAAGAAUGAGGAUGGCGUGGUGAUCAUGUUCAUCCUCAAUUUCGAGGUCAUGACAGACGAGUCCCUCCAAGACCACAAACAGGAGCUGAACCACCGCCUGCCCACCUGGCUCGUCACAGGUCGCCCACGAGGCUUCAAACUGCGUCUCCCCCUGCUGCGCUCCCUGUCCAACAGUAAAGCUUCUCUGGACGACGCAGAGGCCGGACACAUCCCCACGGCAACGCCGGUGUCGUUACGCCCAGAGGACCACCGUAGCCCCGAGUCCUUAGGUCUGGGGGAAUUUCUGCCCCUCCCCCCACUGCCACCAAAUCACCAGGAGCAGCUGAGUGGAAGCAGGUCAGCGCUACAGAGUUGGCCUGAAGACCGCCAGGAAGACCAACGCACCUUAUUGUGCUCUGAGCCUCCAGUAGCCGUUCCACCACAUCAAACCCACGGAGCCCACCUGGUGGGUCCCCUCACCCAUUCCUCACCCUGCGUAGCACCCCACCACCGGCUCAGCCUCAACCCCGAAGGCUCGGCCUCCAACUGUUCUCUGUCGCACAGCCGCUCGCGAGAAAGCUUUCACAGCAUGCGUCGGGCCUCCUCUGUAGACGAGAUCGAGGCCAUGAGGCCGGAAUGGGAUCGGAAGAACCGGAGGCCGAGCAUCCGGCCGGCCAGCAGCAGCACCGGUGCAGUAAACAGCAAGUCGAACAUACUGAACUCCACGUCAGACUCUGACCUCAUGCGGUACCGCACCAUUUCCAAAAUCCCUCAGAUCACGCUCAAUUUUGUGGAUUUCAAACCGGACCCACUCAUUGCUCUGCCCUCGGGGGAGAUGGACAUCAUAGCACCCUGCAAACUCAUUGACCGGACACACAACGUCACAGAGAAAGUCACACAGGUGCUGUCUCUGGGUGCAGAUGUGUUGCCGGAGUACAAGCUGCAGGCUCCUCGCAUCCACAAGUGGACAGUGUUGCACUACAGCCCCUUCAAGGCGGUGUGGGACUGGCUCAUCCUGCUGCUGGUCAUCUACACCGCCAUCCUGACUCCCUACUCAGCCGCGUUCCUCCUCAACGAUCAUGUGGAAGACGUAGGCAUGCAGGGUUGCAUUUACUCCUGCUCUCCUCUCAAUGUGGUGGACCUCAUAGUGGACAUCAUGUUCAUUAUUGACAUCCUCAUCAACUUCAGGACAACAUACGUAAACUCUAAUGAUGAAGUGGUGAGCCACCCAGUGCGUAUAGCUGUCCACUAUUUCAAAGGCUGGUUCCUCAUCGACAUGGUGGCUGCUAUUCCCUUUGACCUGCUCAUCUACCGCAAUGGAGAGGAGACCACCACUCUGAUUGGUCUGCUGAAGACUGCUCGUCUCCUGCGGUUGGUUCGUGUAGCCCGAAAACUGGAUCGCUACUCCGAGUACGGUGCGGCUGUCCUCUUUCUUCUCAUGUGCACCUUCGCCCUCAUCGCUCACUGGCUGGCCUGCAUCUGGUAUGCAAUCGGUAGCGUAGAGCGGAAUGGUUCGAUUGGCUGGCUCCACACUCUGGGCGACCAGUUAGGGAAACACUUCAAUGGUUCCAUACCAGGUUCAGGACCUUCCAUCAAAGACAAGUAUGUGACAGCGCUGUACUUCACCUUCAGCAGUCUGACCAGCGUGGGAUUCGGAAACGUGUCCCCCAACACCAACUCUGAGAAGAUCUUCUCCAUCUGUGUCAUGCUCAUCGGAUCCCUCAUGUACGCCAGUAUCUUUGGGAAUGUCUCAGCCAUCAUCCAGCGGCUGUACUCUGGGACGGCCCGCUACCACACCCAGAUGCUGAGAGUCAGGGAGUUCAUCCGCUUCCACCAGAUCCCCAACCCACUCAGGCAGAGGUUGGAGGAGUACUUCCAGCAUGCCUGGUCCUACACCAAUGGCAUCGACAUGAACGCUGUGCUGAAAGGUUUCCCUGAGUGUCUCCAGGCUGAUAUCUGCCUCCAUCUUAACCGGACGUUGCUGCAGAACUGUAAGGCUUUUAAAGGAUCCACGAAGGGCUGCCUCAGAGCGCUGGCCAUGAAGUUCAAGACCACCCACGCACCCCCGGGUGAUACGCUGGUCCACGCUGGCGAUGUCCUGACUGCCCUCUACUUCAUAUCCAGGGGAUCCAUAGAGAUACUGAGAGGAGACGUGGUGGUAGCCAUCUUGGGGAAGAACGACAUCUUUGGCGAGCCCAUUAACCUGUAUCACCGACCCGGUAAAUCCAAUGCUGAUGUGAGGGCUCUAACAUACUGCGACCUUCAUAAGAUUUUGAGAGAAGAUGUUCUGGAGGUGCUGGACAUGUAUCCUGAGUUUGCAGAUCACUUCUGGAACAACCUGGAAAUCACUUUCAACCUCAGAGACACUAACAUGAUCCCAGGUUCUCCCAGCAGUGACGACUCCAACUCUGGGGGGUUCAACAAAUUAAGGAGACGUAAACUAUCAUUCAGAAGGCGCACAGAAAAAGAUGAUGCAGAUGCUGGAGAAAUAAAAAAGUCCCAUAAAUCUGUGAGACGAAGACAGCGAGAGACGGCCCACAAUCAAAAACAGGAGGAGGCGUCUAAGAGACCGUGGGGGGCACAUCGAAGCUCAGUGUCCUCACAUUCCAGUGGUGAUGAGGGGGAGGGGUCAGUAGUGACUGGUCUCGCCCCUCCCUCUGCAAUGCAAGAGAAUCCACACAAGCAAGUCCCGCCCUUUACCGAGAACACCGAGGGUGAUGGAGACCCCAAGCCUGGGAACACCUGCAAUGCCCUGUCAGGGGCAUUCUCAGGUGUGUCCAACAUCUUUAGUUUCUGGGGAGAGAGCCGGGGGAGUGGUCAGUACCAGGAGGUUCCCAGCUGCAGCCUUGCCUCCCCUCCGCCCCUCAACACGCCACUGCACAGCUUGAGCCGACAGCAACGCAACCAGCUGGACACACGCCUGGACCUGCUGCAGAAACAGCUCAACAGGUUAGAGAGUCGCAUGUCAACGGACAUCGGCGUGAUCAUGCAGCUGCUGCAGAGGCAGAUGGCGCUGGUACCUCCAGCCUACAGCGCUGUUUCAUCACCACCUCAGGCCUCACCCUACCCAGGUCCCGGUCCAGGACCCGGUCCGGGAGAUGGAGUGGUUCCUCCUGGUACACCUCUUGAGACAGACACACUGGCCUCUCUGUCACAGAUCCUGCAUUCCCAGGACUUUGAGGAGUUCCCAGCUAAACCUAUUGACUCGCUGCAGCCCCAAGACACGCCUCUGAUCAACACCAGCCAGAGCCAGCUUGCCCCUUCUGGACUGGACAGACGAGGCCCGCAUCUCGGACUAGGUGGUGGAGCUGGAGUCGUUUCAGUGGCAGUGGUAGGUUCAGGUUCAGGUUUAGGUUUAGAGUUAGGGAGUGGGGAGGGUGCAGUUUCUAGCUUAGGAGCAGGGUUAGAUUUUGGUUCAGGGGUAUGCAUAGGUGCUGGGACAGCUGCUGCAACAGGAGUCUCACCGCUGGAUCCUGAAACCCCACGGAGGCUAUCGCUCCAAGAACCACAGACACCCCUGGACUCACGGACACCACAGAGACACAGCUCCGACCCAGGGGGGAGCUAAAGAAGACGCGGGGCUGAGGGGAAGGAGAGUGGGCUCAAGGCAGGGACACAGAGAAAAUGAGACUGCUAUGUUCAGCAACUCUUUAAGUUCCUCCUGGUUCCACCGCUCCAUGUGGCACUUUGGAUUUCAGGAGACACCUACUGUACCUGCCACUUAAACCCUUUAGGGCACCCAGCUACUGUAUCUUCACUGUCAACCUCUCAAUAAGGACUCAGUGCUCAGAGAACGUGAAGCCAGGCAGGGGGUCGAGGCCUUUCAUUAUCUCUUUCUGAAGUCCCACCCUCUCCUCGGGAAACAUUUGGAGCUUUCUGAGCCCCACAAUUGUACAACCUUUAACCAAAACCACACACUGAGUGAACAUAGCCUGGUCUGGACCUCUCAGUUGUCCUUCUUAGGAUGUCGCUCUUUUCAGACUUACAUAUAAAUGACUGCUAACUUGUAGAAGAAUCCCUUUACUGCUGUAUCCAGUGUUGGAUGACUGACAAGUACCAUCGAAGACAACAUUGAACAGAAUGACGAAACAAGUAGCCAUUUACGUCUUGCACUGAAAAUCCUAUUGAUAUUAUGAUUAUUCUAUUCUAUAUGUCCAUGGCGCUUCCGAUAAACUCUCAAACUGGUAAAUUGUAGUGUUAGCUGGCCUAACAGGAGUCCUGCUGUCUCGUCCUGUCAUUGGUUCCUUCCCCCUGAAGACCUACACCCAAGAGGUGGAGCUGAUGUUCCACACUUCCCAAGAGCACACUGGAUUGGCUGGUUUGCACCUCAGGGGUGGGAACUGGAGGGUUAAAAGCCAUGAAUUUUCUUGAUGAACAUAUCAGCUGCCCUGUCAUAAACAUUGUACAGAUUUGCUAGGGAGUGAAGAACAUUUGGCACGCUUAGGCAGCGUCACAAACAGGUAAACUGGCAAACUUACAAGUUUUCCACAAGAACAGUGCACCAAAAAAUUACAAAUAAAAAAACCACAAAAAACCCAGCUUACUAAUUUCAUGAGCUAUGAGUUGUGACCUUACAGCAAAGUUGUGUUGGAUCAUCUUUGACACGAUGAAGUCAGCAGUGACUGGAUACUGGAACGCUUGGAUGUGUAACGUCACAUCAAAGCUCAUGCAUAAAGGGAAAACGUGUCGAGUGAUUCUAGUUUAUCAUAGGUUGAAUUUGCUACCUCAGAUUUCAUUGGUCCUUACUUUCUUUUUCUCCUGAGCAUGCACCCAGAAUGCUUCUACUAUGUACAUAAGCGUUUGUCAUGUGAUCCGUAAUUACACAAGUUUGCCAGUUUACAACGACCAGCCGAAUGCGCCAUUAUUCUAUGUACAGUAUAAUAUGCAAACACUGGCAAGAAGACAGGAGCGAGUGUGAUUUAAUCUUACUACGUGUGUGAUAAGUUCAGGUCCAAAGCUUUUUAUGUGUGCGUUCGUCCUUGUUUUUGUCUUUCUGUCUGCAGAGCCUGGUGUUUAGUACGUUUGCAUCCAUGCACUGUCAAGGGUCAUUGGUUUUUAAUUUCAAAGACAAGUUUUUGUCUAGAAAGAAAAAAAGAAGAUGUGAACACCUUCAUUAAACAGGCAAACGACAGUUUAGUGUUUGAAUUGAUAGCACAAACCCUUUACAAUGUUGACAUCACCACGAUUUUUUACUACAGCUGCAGAGAACACAGGAAGGAGAAACUGCACCUGACACAGUUAUGUUACAGCAUUAUUUCAAUUACCUCCUAUUUUGGGGUCCCAACAUCUGAUCCUUGUCACAAACUUUUAACGCAGAUUCUUGCAAAGGUAUGAAAAGGCUGUAAUUACUUCAUCACACCACUGCUUUAUCUAUGUGAUAAGUUUAGAAGUACAGCAUGCAAUACAUUUAGAAACAAACCAGUUUUGUUCUAGUUCAUUAGAAAUGUACUCUUUGACAGUCAUUUGAUUCAGGAUCGACUCUGUUCAGGUACAUCAAAAGGUGUUUCUGCUCCGGUUCCAUUUAACUUUACAUGCAGUGCUGUUAUAGAAGAAGCGUAGCUUCAAACUGUGGCUGCUGCCGUCCAUCUUAAAUAUCAGUCCACAGCACUUCAGUGAAAGGCUGCUCUUCAUCAGUUCAAAGCAACAGUAAAAAUGUUAUCAGUAACCAGUUGAAAGACAACUUAAUACUGAAUAAUGGGAUUUCCUUUUGUUUAUAAGUGCUUCUUUCGCAUGAGCCAUACUGUAGGUAGACACGUACAGUUGUGGUUUUAAGUUUACUGACACUCAUCAUAGACAUGAAUGUCAAGGCAAUACUGGGCUUUCAAAGAUUUCUUUAGACUACUCUUUCCCUGGCACAGGAACAGAGUUACAGAGUUACAGCGCUGACUAUCCCUAACCCUGUGCUGUAACCUAACGCAUCAGGUCGACGCAUACAACAGUAAUGUGAACGUCAUUGAGGAUUGUGGUGUAGGGAUAAAAGGAGUUUCCAGUCCCGAGGUCAGUUAGGACGUAGAAACACAAAAUAAAUCUGGUUGGAUAUUUGAGAACUCUUCUAUGAAGAAUUAGUAGAGUCCAGUUAAAAUGGUUGCAUUCAUAAGCAAGGUCCAAACAGUUUGCACUGGUUUGUGGGCAGGACUCUGGAAAAGUUGUUCCUGUUUUAUCUAUCUCACUUGCUUUAGUUUAUGUUUAGGUUACUACCCUGUGGAAACACCCGGUCACAUUUCCAACUGAUGGUUUGAGGUGUUGUGGAAAAAAUGAGACAUGGUCUCUUUCCUUUAUUAUAAUAUUCACGCUGUUCAAUGUACCAUUUCAACUGAUGUUACCACCACCAUGCUUAACAGUUGGUGGUGUUCUUGGUGUUUUUCCAAGCAAGCCUCUGGUAAAUUUCGCCAAGUUUAAUGGUGAAGGGCUUCCUUCUUGGACAACAAUUUGUCAUUCUGCUGCAAUGUAAAACUCACUUAGUUACAGACAGUGACAGUGAUGUUCCAGCACGUUACAGUUUCCUCUCAGCUGAGCGUAGAAGUUUGAGUCUGACCUCAAGCAGUACGCAGUUCUUUAGAAGUGACCCCAAGAGACUUUUCUGACUCUUUCUCAGAUCUGCACCAAGCUUCUUGGACUCUGUUACUACUGUGUUAGUCAGUCUGUCUAUAAAAUGUAAAUUUCCUGCUCUUCACAAUGUUUGUUGUGCAGUCAUUUCAUCCCAGAAAAAGAACACGUCACAGAAAUGACUGAAAGCCCGAUACUGCCAAAACAUUCAUAUCCAGAUGUCCAGAAGCACUUAUGACUAGAACUGUAAGGGUCACGAGGAUGAGUCUAGGAUUCAUUUUUAAUUACUGUAAAUGGCCUAAGGAGAAUGGCGUACACUGAGCUUACAAACUGUAUGUCAAAAAGAGAACAUCUAUGAAGGAAUAAACAGCAACAGCAACACCUUUUCUAAUGUGAUAUAGAAGAUGACGCAUACACUCUAAAAGAUAUUACUGGUCAUAUAGAGUAAAGGUGGAGUCUGGAUCUUGUACGAUCUGAUAUCCCCGUGUUGGUGUUUAUCCUGCAUUAUCAUUCAAUUCAAUUUUAUUUAUACAGCGGCCAAUCACAACAACAGUCACCUCAAGGCGCUUUAUAUUGUAAGGUAGACCCUACAAUAAUACAUACAGAGAAAAACCCAACAAUCAUAUGACC